AUGGCGGAUGGCAGAUGGCAGAUGGCGCAAAUCGCGCAAAUCGCACUUGGCUCUGUGAUACAGGUGGGCGAAUCACGGUGGCAUAAUGGAUUUGCCAAUGGCUACAAUACAUGUACCCUACCUACCUACCUAGCUUCUCUCAUCUGCAUGACUGCAACCCCCUUUUCCGACUGGCAUGCAGACGCGUGGGAAGGUGUCCACGCACGUUGCUACAGGUAA